UAUAUAAUUUAAAAGUGUUCUUUGGUCUUAUAAGAAUGUUAUUUUGGUGUUUAGGAUUUGUGAACCCUUCGCUUGUUCCAUCCCGUCAUCUCUUCCUGCUGUCUCCCCGCCCUGAGCUUAUUCAAGUUUUAUUUUUAAUUUACGCUCUACUUCCUUUUCACGUUUUAUUUUAUCUCUCUCUAUACUCUAUAUCCCCCGUCUCCAUCGCUUGUAUUGCUUUUCUCACAAACAUAUUCGCAUACCGAUCUCGAUCCCGAUCGCGACAACCAGACGAUCUAAUCGUUGAAAAAGAGCGCUAUUGCCUGAUUGGCGACAGCCUGGACGAGGCCUUCGUGGACCUGAUUGUGGGCCUGGAGCCCUUCUGGAAUCCGCGCAACCCCAAGCCGCCGACGCCCAAGCUGCCCACGCCCACGCCCGAGGAGCUGGCCGCCAUUGAGGAGGCACGAGCAGCAGCAGAAGCAGCCGCAGCGGCCGAGGCGGAAGCGGCCGCAGCUGCUGCCGCCGCGGGCGAACCCGGAGCAGAGGGAGUGGUGGCUGCGCCCGGAGAGCCAAAGGCACCAGAAAAGGAACCCACGCCGCCCAAGGAGCCCACUCCUCCGCCACCACCACCGCCGCCAUUCGAGUACUCGAUCGAUUUGCCCCCAGAGGGUGCCGAGGUGCCCUAUGUCAAGAACUACGAGCCACCACCACCCGGCUCCGAGCCAGAGCCUGUGCCAGCUGCUGAGGGAGAGGCUGCUCCGGCGGCUGAGGGAGCUGCUGCUCCGGCGGUUGAGGGAGCUGCUCCUCCAGCGGCUGAGGGAGCUGCUCCUCCGGCGGAAGGUGCUGCGCCUGUGGCAGAAGGUGCUGCUCCUCCUGCCGAGGCAGCUGCUCCUCCUGCCGAGGCAGCUGCUCCUCCUGCUGAAGGUGCCGCCCCUCCUGCUGACGCAGCGGCUCCUCCUGCUGCCGAGGGUGAAGCUGCUCCUGCUCCGCCUGAAGCAGCUCCUGCUGCCGAAGCCCCAGCCGCCGAAGCUGCUCCAGCGGAAGCACCAGCCGCCGAAGCGGCUCCCGCUGCUGCCGAAGGCGAGGCUCCACCAGCCUAGUCCCAGCUCAGCCAAUCCCCGAGAGAAACUGCUGCACAUCGUCGAAAGAAAACACAACUGCUACCAACUGCUGCCCUGCUUUUAAAAAAACCUAGUUUAGAGCACGUUUUUGAAAACCAUUUUAUUUUAUUUUAAAAAGAAACUCAAAACGAAAUUGAAUUAAAAAUUCAGUUAACAAAAAAAGCAUUCUAAAA